AUGGCUCAGAAAGCUGCCAAGUCCCUGGCGAUUCGCAACUCUGCCCGCCUACGCCAAACCCACCUCAUAACCAUAACGCUGCACGCCAUCUUCCUCGCCCUGUCGUUUACCCUCCGCCGCUCCCUGUCCUUAUGGCUAUACCUCCUCCUUUGCCUGCCUGCCAUCCUCAUCGAAGUUUACUUGGACAUCUUGGCCCGUCCCACCUACCAACCCAGUGGUGACCUGAAGCGCCCUGGGGAAGAUCUAGACGCCAAGGGCCUCACAGAAUUCAUGUGGGACAUCCUGUACUGGACGUGGAUUAAUAUGAUCAUCGUCGUCAUCUUCGGCAAUCGCGCAUGGUGGGCCUAUCUAGUGGUGCCGGGGUAUGCCAUAUACAGUGUAGUUGGCGCGGCGAGGGGCGUGAAGAGUAUGAUGGGCGGAAUUGCAGGAGGAGCAGGGGAUGGGGACGGCGUGCAAGCGACGCAGAGCUCCAGCAAGAGGCAAAGCAAGAUGGAAAAGAGAGGCGGCCAGAAGGUUGUGUACCGGUGA